AUGUCGUCACAGGUCAUUAGCUGGUUAUAUCCAGCGUACGGAUUGUGCUUGUGUCGACGCAAGGGUGAAUUGAAAAAGAACUUAGCGUUUCGUUGUCUGCGAUCAGGAGAAAACGUGUUCAAACCAGACCCAUACCCGAACCCAGAGGACAACCCAGACAUCUGCGCUAGAACAAAUGCGGAACAUUCGCCCUGUCCUCGGUGCUCAGGUGAGGAAUCCUGCAUCAAAGUUGUCUUUGACCGAGAACUUGCAGUUCUGGGAACUGAGUGGCCCGACAAAAAGUAUGAUCUUAUAGAGCUCGCUACAAUGCACGAGUAUUGGCGCGAAAAAUUAGAAGUAACAACUACAGGACUCAGGAACGUGUAUGAUAAUCUAGUCCAGGGGUUAUGGCAAAAAUGCCGGGAGGAAGCCACUGGUACAUUGAUCGAGGAUCGGGCAGGUCCCUUCAAGCGCUUCCGUCAUCAGGUCCAACAGCUCCAGAGCUUUGCUUAUCAUUUCAAAGAGCUCGCAAUGGUCCACAAACUCGAGGAAGGCAAAUUGAAGAUAGUGAUCACAAUUUUUGGUCAAGCUAUUGCCUUGGGUGCUUGGGAAAACGAGACUCCUGGUCGGUUCCUAAAACGAGACCAAGGCAUCGCGAAAGUAUUUGAGCAGGCAGACGAGCUCACAGACGCCAUAUUCGCUGGAGCCCUUCGCGAUACUCUUCGCAAGACUUUGGGCUUACUGCUAUAA